UUAAAACAAUAGGGACUGGAAUGCAUACCUACACUACACAUAUUGUUAAAAAUCAUCUCAAUUGUUUUCUUCCUUCCCCCCCCCAAAAAAAAUUUCUUCCAUAAUCAGUGUUAAGAUAUUUCAACCUGCUUAUUGAGCUACAAUGGGAACUGAAGGCCCUAAGGACUCACUGGAUUGGAAAUCCAUUGGUGAAUCAGCAAAGAAUGAUCCCGAUGCUGGACCUGUUGUUAAAAAGCGGAUUCCAAAAAAGAUGAGGCACAUUCCAGACUACUAUUUCCUUCCUCGUAGAUCCAUGCUUGCUAACAUUGCGAUCUAUGGGUCAUGUAUUGUUGGUGGAAUUGGAGCAGGGAUGCUGACUGAAAUCUGGAUUAAUAAGAAAGUUCAAGAGGAUGGAAACGGUGUUCUUUGGGAAUUUGACAAAUAAAAGGGAGUGAUUUCUCAGAUGUUUCCAAUUCUUUUGCCGACUACUCUACUACUCUUUGAGUUCUGGUAGAGGGAAGAUAAUAUAGGUGUAGGUGAAGGUAUGAUGGAUAAAAGAAAACAGAUUCUUAUGUUGCCAAACAUAGUUUUGGAAUUUCCCUUACAAAUGGUUAGCUUGCAUAUUUUUAGUUUAUUUAAUUUGAUUUUUCAGUCUUCUAUCCAAGUGUAUUCAUGUAUCAAGUACAUGGGUCUUUUGAAUCGUUUUUGGCUUACAUGCGGUGUCGCGUAAGCAGGUGCAUAUCCAGAAAAAAUACAUUGUAGUUUUCUUGUGAUUUAAAACAGUUUUUAAAAAUUGAAAA